CGAGGGUGCCUGGUCUUCCUAAGCUCCGCCUCGGGCCCCACCGUCCCUCCGGGAGCCCGUCACCUGACUGCAGGGUUUGGAUCCUUUCCUGUCUGGGUCUCCCCAUCAUUACUCUAGGCGUCCCGCAGUGGGAUUUGGUCUUGCCUAGGCUGCCAUGGCCUCGGACCCCCCUGGCCUAAGCGAGGAGUCAGGCCCAAGCCCCGACGGGUCGGACCUGGCCGUGAAUCCCUAUGACGGACUGCCCUUCUCCUCUCGAUACUACAGCCUAUUGGCCCAGCGACGUGCCCUCCCUAUCUGGGCCGCACGAUUUAGCUUCCUCGAGCAGCUGGAGAGCAGCCCCAGCGGCGUAGUGCUGGUGUCCGGAGAACCUGGCUCCGGCAAGAGCACCCAGAUUCCUCAGUGGUGUGCCGAGUUUGCUCUGGCCAGGGGAUUCCAGUAUGGCCGGGUGACUGUCUCACAGCCACAGCCUUUGGCUGCCCUGAGCCUAGCUCUUCGAGUAGCUGAUGAAAUGGAUCUGAGCUUGGGCCACGAAGUUGGCUACAGCAUCCCCUUGGAGGACUGCACUGGACCAGACACCCUGCUCAGGUUCUGCUGGGACAAACUGCUGUUACAGGAAGCAGCCUCAGCCCGAGGUGCAGGAGCUUGGGGUGUUCUGGUACUGGAUGAGGCCCAGGAGCGGUCUGUGGCCUCUGAUGUGCUGCAGGGAUUAUUGCGGGAUGCAGGGUUAGGGAACAGCCUCGAGGGCCCACGAUUAGUUGUGAUCACCAAUCCAGCCUUCGAACCCAAGCUCUGUGCCUUUUGGGGCAACCCUCCUGUGGUGCGGGUGGCCCAGGGGCCUGAAGAGGGGCCUGAUCCUGUGUAUAGGGACCCUGCUCCCACUGAUCUGGUGGGUGCUGCCUGCCAGGCUGUGCUAGAGUUACACCAGAGUGGGACUCCAGGGGAUGUGCUAGUCUACCUGCCCAGUGAGGAGGACAUUUUGCAUUGCUGUGAGUGUCUUCGGAAGGAGGCAGAGCACUUGAGUCCUGAGCUGACCCCAUUCCAGGUGCUGCCACUACAUGCUGGGCUUGGCCGGGCAGUACAGGCUGUGUAUGAGGAUGUAGAGGGAGGCCCUCGGAAGGUCGUGGUCACUCAUUGGCUGGCUGACUCAUCUUUCUCUCUCCCCUCGAUCCACCACGUCAUUGACUCAGGACUAGAGCUUCGAAAUGUUUACAAUCCUCAGAUCCGGGCCGAGUCCCAAGUGAUGAGGCCGAUCAGCAAGAGCCAAGCAGAAGCCAGGAGGCUGAGAACCAGAGGCCUCCCACUAGGGUCCUGUCUCCGUCUAUAUCCGAAGUCUUUUUUGGAGCUUAGAGCUCCCUCAGUUUCUCCACCCCGGGUAUGUGAGGAGAAUCUAAGCCGCCUAGUACUACUGCUAAAGAGGAGACACAUUGCGGAGCCAGGAGAGUGUCACUUUCUGGACCGGCCCGCCCCAGAGGCUCUAAUGCAGGCUUUGGAAGACCUGGACUAUCUGGCCGCAUUGGAUGACGAUGGUGACCUGUCAGACCUCGGGGUCAUUCUGUCUGAACUCCCCCUGCCCCCGGAGCUCGCCAAAGCCCUGCUGGCUGCCUGUGAGUUUGACUGCGUGGAUGAGAUGCUGACGAUAGCAGCCAUGCUCACCACUGCCCCUGGGUUUGAGGGCCCACCAAUGUGUGCAGAGGAGGCUGCCCGCCGACGAGCCUUGGAGCAUCCCGAUGGUGACCACAGCACCCUAAUUCAGGUGUAUGAGGCCUUUAUACAGAGUGGUGAAGAUGAGACCUGGUGUCAAGCUCGGGGCCUGAGCUAUGCAGCACUAUGCCAAGCCCGGGCAUUUCGGGGGGAGCUCCUGGAGCUGAUGCAGCGAAUUGAACUUCCCCUGUCUCCACCAGCAUUUGGCUCUGAACAGAAUCGAAAAAAUCUGCAGAGAGCACUGGUGUCGGGGUACUUCCUCAAGGUGGCCCGAGACACAGAUGGGACUGGCAAUUACCUGCUCCUAACCCACAAGCAUGUGGCCCAGUUGUCCCCAUCCUGCUGCUACCAAAGUCGCCGGCCCCCAGCCCAGCCUCCACCCUGGGUCCUCUACCAUAACUUUUCCAUCUCCCAAGACAACUGCCUCUCCACUGUGUCUGAGAUUGAGCCCCACAUGCUGGUAGAGUUGGCUCCCCCCUACUUCCUGAGUAACUUGCCUCCCAGUGAGAGCCGAGACCUUCUGAAUCAGCUGAGGGAAGAAAUGACUGGAGUCUCCUCAGAGAAUGAGCCUCCUACCCAGGACCUCAACCUAGAUGACAAGGAAGCCUGUGCCCUGCAGUGAUCUCUGCCUAAGGAACCAGCCUGGAGAUGAGCUAGAAUGGAAGCCGUCCCUGUCCGCCCCGGAGCCUGGACACAGGCAGCUGGCCAGAUACAUGGGCCCUGGGUCCUAGCAAAUUAUAUGACUGGAGGUGACAGGCUGUGGGUGCACAGGGUACAGUCUGAGGGCGUGACUGCUGACUUCAAGUGAAGGGGCUCUGGAAGCCAAAAUGACAAGAUUUCUGUGGGCAGCCAACCUCACAUCCUAGGCCUGCCCUUAGGCCCUGUGGAGAAGAGUCCACAUGCCCUCUUUCCUCCCUCCCCCAAUUCUCAACCCCUUCAUAAAGCUUUUUCUAUGCCUAGA